AUGGUCGAAAUCACGGUGCAGGACCCCGCGACUCAUCAUGACCGUGCGUUUCUCUGCGCCCUGGGCCCACUCCGCACGCACAUGCGCUACUUUGAGCCUCUUAUCCAACGCCAAAUUAACGAGGCCAAGGUGUCGUCGCCGUCCGAAUCGCCCGCCUCGCUGGCAGUGGCCUUCACCCUCCGUGCACGGUGCAACCACGCCACUUUUCAGUGGCUGAUGAACUGGAUUGGCGGCAAGGCACCGCAACUCACGAACGACAACGUUGUAAGCAUCUGCCUCUCCUCCAGUUUCCUGCAGAUGCAGGAGCUGUCGGACAACGCGCUCAUGUACCUCGGCGCGCACUUGAAGGAGAUUGUGUCGUCCAGCUUUGACUUGACGAGCCUGCCAACACACCUGGUUCUGCGGUUGAGUCACAUGGUGCGUGACGUCGACCUUGCUGCCGCACUGCUCCGCCUGCACGAGGAGCGGAGCGCGAAUCACCCGAACCGCGCCUUUGUCGUGUCGCUGCUGCAACACUAUGUGUGCCACAAACUGGGGGUGGCUGAUGGUGCAGCAGCGUUUUCGCAAACCGGCGCGGCGGCGACAGCCAGCAGCGGCAUCAACGGAGGCGCAUGGACCCCAGCCGGCUUGCCAGCGACGCACAGCGGCCAGCUGACUCUUCCUCCCACCUGUGGCUUACGCUGGUGCCGCCUGUGUGCAAACUUGUUCGAUGAAGGUGAGCUUGACCGACUCGGCCGCACCUCUCAGCUGUCUGGCCCCAAAUGUCCAGCACAAUCGGGGCCGACACCCCACGCCGGUGGCAAAGGUCAUCACGCAUCGAUCGCGGGCCGAAAGUGGCGCGUUGGUCCACGUGGUGAGAUCUUCACCACCCACGCGGCAGCGCGGCACACAACCCCGGUCAUUCUCGAGGCGCCGCCAGCACUCAAGGGUAAUGAAGUCUCUGCGUCGACGUUGGCUGCAGAUGCCGCGUCACCGUUCACAGCAGAGUUGGAGCGGUGGGCGUGGCGCAUCAUCGGUGCGAUCCGGUACCUGGGCUGUCGACGUUGCCUUCACCUCGUGAGCCUCCUCGACGUAUCGCAGCAUCGGUGCUCGGAGCUGCCGAAGAAGUUCUCGUCUCCGGACAACGAGGCUGAAGACGUCAAAUACCUAUACCUCUGGUUCGACUACUGCGCCGAGCACAACGUGUACGAGCGCGAGGGCGGUCUAACGCCUAUGCAAUACAGCGGGCCGGCUCACGUGCUUGCCGAGGAGGUUGUGGAGGUGCCUACUUUUGGCUCAAAGCCAGAGCCUGUCUCACGAGGUUCAGCCGCAACCACGGCCAGCGCGGCGGCGAGCCGCAACGACGUGAGGGCAGCAGGGAUGGAAGGCACCGGGGCCGUGGCGGUGGGCAGUGCCGGCAACACCUCCACCGCUCUCGCUUCGCCACACUCGAGCGCCAUUAGCCUCUGGGCCACCAUGCCCUUCUAUGUGAAGGAGGUCAUGAGCGAGAAUGUUGUGGACAUCGACAUCCUCAACUACGUGGAGCGGCAGCACCGCUUCGGGAGCGAGGCGCAGCAGUGCAGGGCUUCUGCGGCGCAGAACUACCCCGCGAUGCGUCUGUCCAUAUCGCCCGUUGUUGCGGGGGCAGCAAGAGGCCACGCUGGCGGUCAGCUGGUCUCGUCGUCGUCCUCGCUGCGUCCGCUGUCGAGUAUUGGUGGCACGAGUGGCGGUGGCACUGCGAGCCGCUUCAGGGGCAACAGCAGCGGCGGUGCUCGUGGCAGUCGGCCACGUGCCGACCCUCACACAUCGCCAUACGGGUCGCUGCUGUCGACGCACCGCUGA